AUGUCACGACAGCCACAACAUGGAGCUCCGACGUCGUCGUCCCUUGGUCUCCUUCUCGCGGCCGUCCUGUACGCCCACCUCGCUUCCGCCGCGUCCAUCACCAACGGGCCCCUCGCUCCCGUGACGGUGGCCGUAUCCAACAUGGCAUACUCGACAGCACGCGAGUGCGCCAGGUACUGCCUCGAGUACGGAGGAAUCUGGCACUGCGGCUACAACGCGGGCUACUACGGCCUGGGGUCGGGCCUGGGCUGCGGAUGCGCCUCGACCAACGGGUGUUUCUGCAAUGCCGCCUAUGCCACCUCGGCGACGAGCUACUUGUCCUCGUGCAUUAGCGCCGGAUGCGGGAGGGUCGUCGGGACGGGGUGGACGAGCGAGCUGAAUGCUAUGCUGGGCAUAUACGACGCGUACUGCAGCACGGCCAAUGUCGAGCAAGAGGUGGUUAGUUGGACGCCGACGGCCACUGCGACUGGUGCUGGUGCUGGUGGUGCAAAUGGUGGAAGUGCUACCACGGCGGCGGUGACGGGGACUAGGCCGACUAACACUGCUGCGUCGGCGACGUCGAAUCCGUCAACCGGGGAGACUGGAAAUAAUGGGAAUGGGGACAAGGGUAGUGGGCUCAGCCAGUCUGACAUUGUCGCCCUCGCGGCCAGUCUCGGCGUCGGGAUCCCGAGUCUCCUCAUCGCCGGCAUCACCCUGUGCGUUCAGCUGCGAAAGAAGAAGAGACGGGCCGGAGAACGCGAAUCAGCGAUGGUCACUGGUGGGUAUGGCUAUGAUGGCAGCUCGUUCGAGACGACUACCGUGGGUCAUGUUGGCGUGCAGCAGGUGAGGAAGUGACGUUGUAGUGUCGUAGCGGUCGAGCGCCAUGAGGCGGAUGGGGGUUUAUCCCACUGGCGUAUACCAUUCUUGAGUCAGGCCAUGGAAAGGUGCCCAACGAGAGAGACCCUGAGUGGCUUCGAUGUCGUUGCAAACCCUUAGUGAAGG